CAAACAAGCAAACACUCCCAGCCCACUUACCUAGUGAACAGCAUAAGCAAACGCCAAACUCACCACCGCACCCCAACCGCAAACGAGUCCCACCACGACAGCGCAUCACGUAAUCCGCCCACGCGCCUACCCUUCCUCCGUAGGCAUGUAUACUCAGCAGCAAGCCUCGCACGCACGCACACACACAGCUAACACAACAGCAACCGCCCCCGCCCAGCCAUCCGCCUUACCGCCUUACCGCCUUACCGCCGUAGCGCCACCCAACCACGCCCGCCUAUCCCAGCCCUACCCACCCCGCCGGCACGGCUACGGACGCCAGCAACCCACCGGCAGCGUCGCACGGCGGCGCACAGAGUUUUCGCCUGCGACGUUGCACGCGGCGGCUGCAAGGGCUGUCUUGGUUUUUUAUUAUUUCAGCUUCUAUGCUGUUUUCGGGGUUUGGUGUGGCGGGCUGGAUGAAUUGUGGCGAGCGCGUCGGGGUGAGCGGGAAGGGAGAUGAGAAAUAGAGAGGAUGUGCAAAGAGAAUGAGGGAGAACGAGAUGGAAGCUGAGGGUGUAGGGGAGGGGAAUGCAUCCCUGCUGUUGCGCGUGGGAGAUGUGCGCUGGGCGUGUUGAUUGGCGCGGGUGGUUGGGUGUGGCCCCCCG